AUGAUUCGGUUAUUUAAGCUCCUCCUUUUUCUUGGAUCAUCCAUGAACAAUAUAGGUCGAAAAGAUAUAGAAGAUGAGUGCGUUCAUCAUCUUGCUUAAGUGGGUCACCGUGUUAAUGCCUUGGAAUGUGAACACCUCCGAUAGGAAGCAUUGUGUUGAUCAUUGUAAGCUUUAUUACGCAUAAUUUAAUCAUGUUAUUCCUUGAAAAAGAAAUAUGGUGUCAUAGUCUUAAUUUUUUAUAGUAUUUUGUUCUCCUGCUAAUUUUUCUACUAUUUUUGGGGACAAAUAAGGAAAAAAACAUUCGCAAAAGUGGAAUAUCAUCAUUGCGAGAAAACUCUCUGGCCUAGAGGAGGCCAUGAGGAUACGGAGGUAUGUUAUUUAUAAAAAGUAGUAGCAUUGCCUAGUUUCAGAUUUUAUUUUUUUAUUUACUGUGAUUUCUUGUUCGUGUUGCAUGUUUACCUGGCUUCUUUUUUAACUCACUUACAAAGCACAGUUUUUUUUCUGAAAAUUAUGACCUUGUAUAGGUAGAUACUCUGGUAAAAGACAAAAUUUAUACAUAUACCGAAUAUCUGCAGGAAAAUUCCUGGCGAAAACUCAGUUCAUUCCUGAAAUUUGUGGUAUGAACAUCUUAUGCUGUGGAUCCAUAAUGCUUUCUAUUUCACAAUGGAUGCCCUUUAUUGUAUUGGGGAUGUAGGAAUGGAAUUCAAUCAUGGAGUGAAGUUUUGUGAAUUUCAUGUUCAUAUGACAUUUGACAAAAAAUACGAUCUUCCAUAAAGGAUAUAGUGCUUGUUAUUUUGGAAUGGAGGACCCUGAUAAGAUAUGGAUGCAUUAUUGGAUGCCCGCAUGUUUCAUUGGUGAAUUCAAUAACUUCUUGCUUGCAUCUCUUGUGUGGUACUUCUAAUAGAUACUUUAUAAUACCUAAUUUAAAGUUUGAUCAAGUGUAAAAUUUUGGAUUACUUUUUCAUGUUUUCUUAAAAUGUUGUGAGGGCAAUGCAGAAUGUUCAUCUAAGUAAUCUUUGACUCUCGUCCUUUCUUAAGAUCUUGUACAUAAUUUGCUCUUUUGGACAUAGUUCAGUUCGGAUGGUUUUGAUCAUGUUUUGAACUGUCUGACUGCAAGAUGAGAUUCACUUCCUGAUCAGUCAGUUUGACAGAGGCACAUUUAUCAGAGAACUCAACUUGGUUUGUUCUUGCAAUGUGCAUUUAAUCUAUUUCACAAGUUCCAUACUGUCCAAAAGUUCCACUAGAUGUAAGAUAUCGCUCUUCAACAUGGCUUUAGUUAGAUGAUAUGAAAAGGGGGUUAUGUUCAAUAAUAAAUGUAGUUAAGAACAUUCAAACACUUAGUCUGACGUAUGAACACUCUCCAGCACCGUUUCAGGCUUGUAUAUUAACCAAAUCAGGGAUCCAAGUGACAGAUUUGCUUCUUUAAUGAUACCCCGUGUAAUUCGAGCUUGAGGUCAAGUUUUUUUGGCUAGAUAACUCGUGAAUAUUAUCUUUUCAUUGUUUGGAUGAAAUCUACAUCAUGAAACAGAAUGUUUUGCAUAAUGUUAUUCGCUUUAUACAGUUUUUAAAAAUUAAUUUAAAAUUCGAAAAAAUAAAAAUCAGAGGAAAAGACUUUGGACGUACCUUUGAUCAAUGUGGAAGAUGUCUACACAUGGGAUGAGUUUGUUACUUCGUAAGGCUUAAUUUACUUAUAAUAAUUUAAAAUUCAAACGUAAUUUUAUAUUUCUUUUGACAAAUAGGAAAAGAUGGAAAUCAGGAGAAUCUAAGUAUUUAAUGGGAACGAGAAAACACUUGAGUUACCUUUGGGACAACAGUGAAUGCCGUCAUGAGAUACUUCUAAGUGAACUGGAACAGUUGUUAUGCUGAAAUUUGUCUACAGUACUUGAAAGCAGCCUAAAUUCCAGGUGUUCCCCACUGUAGCUGAAAAUGACUAUUUUUUGCCAAGAUGGAGAUCUCUCCUUUGAUAUGAUGGGGAUUUAUAUUUUUAUAACAGUUGCAAGUGAGCGACCACUACAUCACUUCAUGAAUCCAUUGAAAUUAUGUCUCAUCUGAUUCGUCAUUUUGAAAGACUUCUCGGUAACACACCAAUUGCACAUCAAUCCCUACAGUUAUUGGUUUGAUAAUUGACGUCUUUUAUCUGAAAUUAUAGUAAUUAUGUUUCUAUGUACUUCUUGAAGUUGGCAAGUAUAUUUAAGUAACACCAUGUGAGUAUGUUGCCCAUGACAAAUCUGAUUUCUGUUAGAAUCACUUUCAUCAAUUCAAAAUUCUUUCACUGGAUACCAAGACCUCCCAUCUAAGAAAAUUUGUAGUGAUGAUAUCACUGCGAAGUUUCCUUUCAUGAAUGUAUGUGGAUAAGGUUGCAUUCAACAUAACUCAAAUUCAUGACCUCCUUAAGUUCUUUUCUGAAUUCGAUGUCACAUGAGUUUACUGCAUUCUCUCCUUCAAAUUAUGUUUUCCUUUAUCUCUAGUGAUGUUGAACUAAUAAAUAGAUUAGGUGUCAAGACACUAUUUAGAAUGAAAUAACAGAAUAUACUACAUUUUGGUGUGGAAUGAAUGCAGAGCAUAUUUUAUGGCAUGACUUUGGAUCAUUUGUGAAAUACAGGCUUGCGGUAUGAGCCACUAAUCAAUUUUCCGAAUGCUGAGCUUCUGAUCGCUUAAAUCUGGAUAUUUACGUAACUUAUUUAAAAUGACUCAUCACCUUUCUUUGAAUAAAUUGAUUCAUUGUUUUUAAGGCUAAGGGAGCUUCAGAAUACUACGAAGGUUAAGAAAAGACAGCCGUUAAGGUGUGGAAAGGUCUCUGGACGUCUUCCUGUGCCGGAUCACAUUCUCAAACCUCCAUAUGUGAAUUCAAGUGUGUUGCCAGAACUUUCUUGCGAGCCUCAGUUUCAUGAUGAAGAGGGCAUUGCUCGCAUGAGGGCUGCAUGUGAGCUUGCUGCACGUGUCCUUGAUUAUGCAGGAACUUUGGUUCGGGUGAGAAUUAGUUUUAUGAGAGAAAUUCAACUUGAGUUAUUUCUUAUGAUUCCAUCUUUGCAACAGCAAUUAAUGAUUGAUUCUAUGGUUAAAUGGUUGAAUUAGUGAUACAUUAUUGAAUGGUUUUAGCCUCCCCCGAUUUCAUAAACCAGUAACAUUAGAAUCUGGAAAAAAAAGUGUACUUUGUUAGAAUGUAGCAGCAGAACAAUCAUUUUUCUUUCCAGUUCAGAUUUAAAAUUUCUUCUCUUCAAAUUUGUGAAAGUUUAACAUUCAUCGUUAUCAUCUUGAAAAAAAGUGACAUUCGUUUAUUUUAGCUCGAAACUUGGUAUUAUAAUAUGUAUGAGACUCUUUUGUUUAUAUUUUUAAGAUCUCAUGCCACAAUUUACUUUUAAGACCUUUUCACUGGUAGUCUUAUCCCAGAUCUGAGGGGAUUCUAGAAAAUUAUUUGUAGCUAUUCUGUCAAACUAUUUAUUGCACCAAUCGUGAUACACUGGAACAAAACUAGUGGUUACUAGGACAACACGAGAAAGAAAGACUUGAAAUGCGAUGAUCUGCCUCUUGUGGGAAAUGUAGACCCGUCAUUUACAUGCAUCUUCUCAGGUGAUCCGGUAUGGGCAGUGUUUCUUGCCUUGAGAGAUUCGGCAUUAUUGGUACUUUGAAAGUUCACUACAGAAUAAACAUUCUAGAGAAAGCAAAAAGGAUUAUCGCUGGGAUUCUGCUCCAUUGCCGAACAUCUCUGAGAUUCUGCUUAUGCUAUCUGAUUCUAAAAGACGUUGGGAAGCUAUUUAUAAUGAAGCUUUAUUGAUUCAAGGGAAAAAUAUUAUCAGAUUAUCAUAUUUUUACAUCUUGUUAUAGAUUGAUUCCUACAUCGAUAUCAAGUGAUACUCCUUAAGUUGUCUUCGCCAAUCCUGAUUUCUCAUUACUGAUGUAUCCAAUUGCCCACAUUAACUUGGUUUUUAUCGGUGAAUAAAAAAUACAGAAGAGGUAAAAUGGAUCUGUCUGGUUCAGUCCUCAUCUGUUAAAGAAAGCUGUAAUGUCAUCAUUUACCAGGGAUGAAAAUUCUGCUUUUUAAAAGUAGAUGUAUACUGCUUUUCAGAAAUAGACGCACCCAGUUCGUCUAUUUUUGAAUGAAAACAGAUGUAUACUGUUUUUCUGUUGCAAACGAUCUUACCCAGCUGCAACCCUUUCAGACUCAAAUUUCAAGGGCGAAUACCUUUUCAUUGUUGAGUGUACCUUGUAGGCUGGCGUAAAGGCAUUUCCAUUUUUGAACAGUCUUUGUUCUUGAUAUCACUCUUGUUUUAAUCUUCAGUGGGAAGAUUCAUAAUAGUGUAUCCUGGUUUAAUUUAGGUCGUUCUGGCCAGGGGAUUUGAGGACCUUUGACCGGCAGAUUUCAAAAACGAAUGUUUGGUCAAACUCCCAUGGCUUUUUUUUGAUCUCUUCAUAUCUGAUUCGUCUAUAGAAGAAAACAAUCAUUUCCAAUUAAAUAUCAUUUCACUUUCCUGUGCCCAUAGGAAAGUGAAUAAAGUGGCUUUUCAUGCACAUUUCUCUCCAUAUGCUCUCAGGCAAUUUUAAAGGAAAGAGUAUUCGUUUUCGUCUAUCUAUUUAGUUGUGGCAAUUGGAGCUCAGUGGUGGGAACUCAAAUCCACAGAACAUGGUUCUGUGGAUUUCUUUGGAGCCCAGAGAUUUUAAGGUUUGUUAUCUUUCCUAAAUUGGCUUUGAGUUCUUAGCAAUGGGUUGGAAGAAGUAAGACACUAAUGGAGAUUGGUACAUCUUUUGCACGUCCCUCAGAAUCAUAGGUGUUGAUUAAUGUGGUUUGGAUUUUCUUUCUUUUAUUAGAAUUUUCCCAUUUUAUAUUGUUGAUUAAUUACAUUGUUCUGAUCAUCAACAUGAUCUUUUUCUUACGCAUGCUUACAAUUAUGAAAAAUGAGAUGGCUGUAGCCAAUAGGUUGUGAUUUUGUGCUCAUUGUCUUCAAGGUGUCUGGUAAAAUGGUAUUAUUUUGAGCAUGUCUAAGAUAACAUCUUUUUAUCAGCCAUCUGUAACAACAAAUGAAAUUGACAAAGCAGUGCACGAGAUGAUCAUUGAUGCUGGAGCUUAUCCGUCACCCCUUGGAUAUGGAGGAUUUCCAAAGAGUGUAUGCACAUCAGUAAAUGAGUGCAUGUGCCAUGGAAUCCCUGAUUCCCGACAACUGCAGGUCUUGAGAUCUCAAAUUCUUUUUAUCUCAUGCUGUUGACCAUAGCUCAGAAUGAAACGUUGGGUUGAUUUUCCUUCACCUCCAGUUUUAAUACUUUAUUUUUUGCAGGAAGGUGACAUAAUAAACAUUGAUGUGACUGUCUACCUCAAUGUAUGCUCUUAAAUUGCUUUUUUCUUUACAUGUGGUUGUAUCAUUAAUUUGAUAUGUCCUUUACAAUCUCUAUCAAUUGAUAAAAAAAUUCGUGUUUUACUAUUCAUCUCUUUAUGCAUACAGAAUUACCUGGCCUCUGUUUAUUAUGAAUUAAAUAUGGUUCUUGUUCGUUUAUAUUUUCUCGCCAUGGGUUCCUUAUUUUCAAAUAGUGUUGGAUGGAUGCUGGUAGAGGCUCCUUUUCUGUCAAUUAUAGAGUACAAAAUAUAAUGCACUUUGUUGUCAAACUUAAGUUGCAGCUUUCAGAUACUAUUUAUUUUUACCACCGCGGUUGUCAUUUCAAACCUUUUGACACAAGUGGCUCGUUCUAGUCUUGGGGUAGGCUAUUAUACGUUUUUAGCCUUGGGCUAGGCCUUCAAGAAUUGUUCAACCUUGAGAUAAACCACUUGAAGGUAUCCAAGCUUGAACUAGGUUAUCAAUAGGUUUUUCUGCUUUGGAGUAGGCGGUCAACAAGUUUUCAAAAAGAUCUCACUCUUGUUCUGUUCUUCGAUAUUUGUAGGGAAUUUGAUUUUCAAACUUUUUGAGCAUAGCAUCAGCUCAUAGAACAUGAAAGGAAGUCUUGAAUCCUCAAGGGUGAUGGAAAUAAAGUUUUAACUACUGUGAAAAAUGUCUCCAGCAAUGUAGACCUAUUUUAAUAGGCACGGAGGAUUCUUAUAUCUCUCAAAGAAUGGGAUUUGAUAAGAAAAUAUACUAACAAAUAAGAGUUCCCAGAAAAGGAAAACACUGUGGGCACAGGAAGAAAAUUCUUUUUGAGCUUCUGGGCUACUUAGAUGGGACUUUAUUUGUGUUUCCACCUUUUACCUUCUCAGGUCUUCUUGGUCUCACGUUUCGGGUCUGUCACAUUCUCUGAAAUAUGUUCUAUACCAAAACGAAAUGAAGAAGUUAAUCAGAGGACAUAGGGUCAACCUAUGUGUAUCCUCAAGUCAUGCAUCUCAGGCAUCUUGGAGUAUUGCAUAUUAUCUGCCUUUGACUGCUGUAUGCGCCACUCUUAUAGUUAAUAAACAGAUUGAAAAGGAAGGCUGGACAUUAUGAAAUAGCCUACUCAUUUUCAUUGUAAAACAAUAGUUAGUCAUAUAACAGAGAAGAAAGAACUUUGAGGGUUCAUAUGAGAUUAAGACUUUGUGAACCGGACAUUAUUGAGGAUACCAAAGAUUUCUACUGGCUUACAUUGGUCCUGAAUUGCAACCCCUUUUGACUCCUGAAAUCACAUAGAAGAUAACACCUUCAUAAUGUGUCUGAACUGUCAAUUUUAGAUCAGAGAGAUAAGUUGACAGAAGGCAUCUGAGAAAGUCAUCAAUACCUAAUGGAUAACCUAAUGGACUGUAAUAGUGCAACGUUUCUACCUUGCUCAGUACUUGGUUUUUGAUUUAUCACAUGUGACGAGUCUUCAGUUUUAGCAUUGUGUUGCUUUGUGAAGUGAAUCUUAGUUUCUUCUGAUGUUUUGUAUUUUCUUUCCCUAUAUCGUUAUUGACAUCUGUUAUUCGUACAAAGUUUUAUCUUGUUUCUCUUAAAAUUCUUGUAUGCUUUUUCUCUUUUUGUAAAUGAUUUUUUUUUCUGUUCUAGGGCUACCAUGGGGACACCUCGAAAACUUACUUCUGUGGAAAUGUUGAUGAAUCAAUGAAACGCCUCGUAAGGGUAUGCUUAUAUAUUUGGCUUGGGUAAUGGUUGCAUUGACGCUCUGUUAUUAAUCGGAUUCGUCCAGCUCUUUCUAAGCUCUUAUUGAAAUAUGGAUAGGGUUCCUUUGAUCAUUUUGCUCUGUCAACUAGAUGAAGGCCAACUGACGUUGCCACUUCUAGAAGUGUUUCAUAAUUAUGUGCAAAAGAUAUGAAAAAUACCUUGUGAUUUGGAUUAAUAGAUUAACGACCUUUAUCCUUUUUUUACUGUCAACCUAUUCUGGUGUGGUGAUGAAUUUUAAAACUAAAAUGAGAAAUUGAUUGUCAGAAGUGUGAGGUGAUGAAUGUUGAACGCCAGAAAGAUAAUUGUUUUUGUCUUUAUCCUUUCUUCUGCAAAUUUCCUGGACUGAAGAUGGGAUUUUUUUGCACAUAGAAAUUGCCUGAUGAUGCAGUGUAUUGUGCUUUGUGUAACUGUAAUUUCUGAAACCUAGAUGUAGGUAUACAUGAGUAUGACCUGCUCUCCCUUAACCUAGAUGUAGGUUUACAUUGUGUGUAUGAUUGUUUAUAUUACGGCCUAUGGGUACCAUUAAAUGAUAAAACAGCAUCUACAUUCAUAUUUUUCAUCUGAUGUGGUGCGUACAAUGCUGAUUUGCUUAUUGGAUGGUGUAUAAUGUUACUUCUAAUUUCAUCUACGUUUUAUUUAUACUGAGUCAUUCUUUUUAUAUGCAUGAUGGAAACGCUGUUACCUUUAUGGAUCUCAUUUCUUACUGUCUGGAUUUCUAGUGUCAUGAGUGGGCAAUGGAAAUGGUGUUGUUACAUUAUUUUUCAGGUUGUUUUUAAUAAAAAAAUUAUACGUUUUAUAAAAUUACGCUCCUUUUAAAUGGGUAGCGAAAGUAGGAUUGCUUACUCUUUCAUUAUUUAUUUGACAAAUUCCUAUUUCUAUUGGACAUUACGAAUCUUGAUUCUGAGAAAUUUAUUGACAUCGUUUAUCUUUGUAAUUCUAUAUUUGAACUCAAUUAUCUUUGCUCUCACUAGUUAAUAUUCCAUAGAUACCUUGAUCAUUUACAAAACGGCUGUUCAAGAAAUGAAUUUGAAUCACCCUAGGUUAUAUGAAAGAUCUUUUCGGCACAGUGAAUGAUCAUUAUAUCUUGUUAGUCCUGCUUCUGCACUACUUUGUUUCUUGUUACUAUUGAUAAAGCAGGUACAGCUCUUUUAUGUACCCAGGCUUUCUCAAAACUCUAGUCCUAAAUUUGACAACAGCUUGAUAGACCCAUUAGAAAGAACAGAGGAAGUUGAUGAGGACCUUGGAUUUUGUACACCGCUGUAAUCACUGCUGAUUUAAUCUUCCCAUCUGCUUCUUUUACUAGGUUUUAAGUGUUUGAAUUCUUUUGAAAUUAGUCACGCAUCUCAUAAAAUCAGAUUAUUCUGUUUAGAACACGUUAGAUCUGAAAAAAUUGAAAGGUAUUUAGAUCAAUGUGGCUACUUAUUAAACCUUUAGUUAUUUUUAGGUAUUUUUAGGCAUUUUUCUACUUAUUGAAUAUUUGUUCAUAUUUCUUUCAUAAAUAUUGCCUUGGUUCUAAGAACUUAAUUUCUUUUCUCUAGGUAACUGAAGAGUGCUUAGAGAAAGCAAUAUCUGUAUGCAAGGACGGUGCUAACUUCAGAAAAAUUGGUAGAAGAAUAAGGUAUGCAGUUUUCACUUCAUCGAGACAAUACAGUAAUAAUACGUUCAUUACGAAUAAUGUAGCAUUCGGUAGCGGCAGUUGCAUUUUAAUGAUUUAUCGUGAUUUAUUUGUAAUCGAAAUGAACAUAACGUAUGAUAAUCCUAGUAGAACGUGUUAUGUUGAGAAAGAAAGGAAACAAUUUAUUAUCAGGGAGAAUUAUUUAUAAUGUCAAACCAAGAAUUUUUUUCUCCUAGAACUUAGUCCCAUGGAUCAGCCAACAAUUUGAUUUAGCUCAUUAUUUGGGUCGAAUAUUAAUAGGGCUUUUGAAGGUAAGGAAUCUCUAUUUUCAUGGUGGAGAUGUCCUCUGUAUUGAUUGGUUUUUUCAUCUGUUCAGAAACAGUUUGGCUUGUCAUGUUUAAGAUUUUGUGGCAGGCAUGCUAAAUUACUUCAUUAGCCAUACAUAGGGAUGUGGUAAAAAUAUUGUUAAACAAAAUUCUCUGUUUUCAAAUUUUCGCCACAACUGUUCCUUGAUGACCUGGUGACUGCUAUCUUACUUAUGCGUAUUUGAUCUUGUGAAGACAAAAUGAACCUUUAGUCUUUUCAGGAGGUUUUGGAUUAGAUGAAAGAUUAGAAGCAAUGCUCCAUCAUAAGUCAUAUCUGGGGUAUUUUUGCAAUGACACGUAUCAUUCGUUAAAUGUUUAUUUAUUGUCUUUCAAUUAAUUAAAAUUUAUUAAAGGAUUUAUGUGCUCUAUAGCUUAAUUUUUGUAUUCUGAUGAUUAAAUAUCAUUGGGAAAAUUUAUUAUUUUUUAACAUCGUUAAAUAAUGUAAUUCCAGUGAACAUGCGGAGAGAUUUGGCUAUGGUGUGGUUGAGCGUUUUGUGGGCCAUGGUGUUGGGACCAUAUUUCACUCUGAACCAAUCAUCAUUCAUCAUCGUAUGUAAUCCUUUUAUUUACUUAUUCUUCUACAUUCUUAUUGGUUGGCUUCAUUUUCAAACUUAGGGGAUCUAUUGUGGAAUGAUCAUGGCCAACAGAUCGUGGUCCAUUUAGUGUAUUGAGGUUGAUAAAUAUUAUAUUCCAACGAUUCAUAUAAUUCCUCUUGCAGAGUCUUUUGGAGUCUAUUGGAAGUAAAUUUAAUACUCUAAAAUUCAUUUACAAUUUUGAAUUGUCAUUAAGCUUUUCGAGUGCUAGGUGUGUUUAUUCUUUCUUCAGUGCAGUCAUGUUUUUUGCUACCAUUCCUGUCUUAUUGCUUUCUCGUGAUUUUUCCUCAAGUAUCAUUUGUUCUACACCUAAGAUUGUUUCACUGAUGUUAAUUUUUAACCACUGCAUUGAUUUUAAGACAAUUUAGAUUACUGAACCACGAUUCAUGCUUCAGCUUAAAGUCCUAUAACUAAAGAUACUGUAAGGGUUUGCCAUCUCUUCGUGAGAUUAUUUGAACCAUCUUUACUUAAUGAUUUUGCUUCUCGUAGUUUCAACUCUCAGACUUUGUAUCUCUGCUGUUAUUAUAAUAAGUAAUUAUCUGAUUUUCAGGCAAUGAUAAACCUGGUCAUAUGGUUGAAGGACAAACAUUUACUAUUGGUAAGCACAAGAAGAUUUUUGGGAAGUUAGAUUUCAGUGAUUGUUUUGACUCAGCAUCAGAAAUAUCGUUCCAGUCGCCAGAGUUUUUCUACCAUUUUGGUUUUAGGUUUCAACACUUCUAGUUGCGUUGGCAAGCGUUGAUACUUGACUUGUGCGAGUAUUGACACUUGUAUUUCUUUCUUUGCCUGCGGCAUGUUGUUAUAAAUGCCGAUACUUCUAUUUCCAGUGUUCAUAUUUUAAACUUUGGACAUCAACCCUUGAAGUUUUGCUGUCGAUGUUCGUUUAUGGGUGUCAAAAAUUAACAACUUCAAGUGUCAAUCAUGCAUAAACCACUAUGUUUUUCACACAAAUAUUGGGACUUACAUUCUAUCGUAGGUGUAAAUUGUUAACAGGUGUUGGUACUUGUAGACUUCGAUCUUCGUUUCUGUUAUGAACAUCAACACCUGAUUUUUAUGUUUUCACCGUUUCUUCACGUGUUGACCCCUGAGCAUCUUGAAAAUCAGUUAUUUCUUUCGUUUUCAUAUAAUAUGGGAUUUAAGUGUAUUUCGCUCAUCCAAAUAACAAUUUAAUAUUAAUCUGAACUCGAUAUUUGUUUCCAGGAUUGAUAUGGCAUCUUCUAUAAACUUUUAUCUAAAAUUAUUUAUUGCCACGGUUACUUGGUACCAUGGGAAAGGACUUUGAGAUCAUGAAGAUGUACUCUCUUAGGAGAUAGAAUAGCUUGGGAAUCUGAUCAUGUUCGUCAGUGUUUAGGUGUUCAGUUGUGUGAGAAAAGUCUCUUGGGCUCAAAUAGUUAUCUCAAUCUUCACAUAGAUAAUCUAUUCAGCUGUCUCUUACCUCAAUCGCUGCCCAGCUCAGCUGAUGACAACUCACCAUCUUCUAUGAACUCUACAUGGAUUUGUGGGGAUGGAUAUGGCACGGACAGAUAUCAGGAUUGGGAGUUGCUUUCUUGUUUUUUUUUCUUAUUUUACCUAAAGUACAUCUAGGAUUGUGAUCGGUGAGAUGUGAAGCUCCCAUGGAACGUGUCUAUAAUCAAGGUCGCAGAUUCUGCAUUAUUUCAUUUUUUCAUUCAUUUGAGGACUAAUCUCAAAUAAAACGACAUUAUACUGUUUAAGAUCGAAAUCUUUGGAACGAUCUUAGAAGAAAUAAACAUGUGUAGGAGAUGAAUACGGAAAUAGCCGGCCCAUUACAGUGUGUCUUCUUCCUUUUGUUUUGUGGAUCCCUUUGUUAUUUGGUUAAACCCUACAAGAUUCAACGUCUGUUUCCUUUUAAUAUAAAAAAUAUUAGGUGAAGAUUUGAAAAUUUAAUGUAUCUAUCCACCCAACUUAUACCUCAAAUAGGAAUUUGUUUAGAGGCAAACCGGUAAAUUAUAAAGUAUUUCAUGAGACAUGCAUCGCCUAUGUCUUGAGGUAAUGCAUUUAUAGUGCAGAAGGACCCUCUAUAGACCAUAAAUUAUCUCCUAUUCUGCUAAUUCAUAAUGUCACAAAAUCAUCUCAUAAUGCUUUGACACUGGUUCAACAGACAUCAGGUCACCCAAAACCUUAUUUAAUUAUACAAGGUUGUGCUCAUGAUAAUGUGGGAAAGAAUAAACAAAGUGCAUCAAUAGUUAUUGGAGUAAAAUAAUGUCAUGCAUCUUUAUCUCUGCACCAAGAUAUGAUCAGUAUGGUAAAAAUGCUUGUCCAGUCUUUGAUUUAGUACAGGUACUGAUGUGGUCUCUGGCCUUCCAUAUAUAUCUAUGUAUAAAUUUAUGACAGGUAUUGUUAGUUAUCUGCAUCUGCGCAUCCGUCAUCAUGCUAGUCAUCAAGAUGCAUAAUGAUGGGAAAUUGUUGGAUUUAUACUGAAAGCAAAUACUCCAGGUUGAGGGUCCUGGUUGUGUUCCUACUAACUUGGCUCAUUAUCUUUUUCUCUAGUGUCAUUGCUCUGGUGCCCAUUUUAUUCUAGGCUAUAAAUCGCAAAAAAAUUUCUUGGAUAUCUAAUGUUUGCCUUCACUAAAUAUUUUAUUGGAGAAAUGCUUACUGGGUUCAUCAUCAUUUGUGGUCUUCAUGACAAUCUGCUGUCUAAAUUCUUGGUUCCAGUCCCUCUCCAUUUCAUAUUCCGGCUCUCUCAGCGAUGUUGUGCGUGGAUAAUCAAGAAGCUAUCCCUAUGUGACGUAUCUAGCAUAUUUGGACUCUUUACCUAUUCUGUUUGCAUACUUGUUCGAGUCAUUUAUUUUCAUCUACCACCUCUCUCUCUAUUCAUUCAUGGUCGUCUGUUAAUUUUGCAAAACUAUCGUUACAUUAAUGCCGAGGAUGAAGCUACUCUCUGAUAUCUGAAUGAUCUCUGUGGCCCAUAUUUGCAGAGCCGAUCCUCACAAUGGGCAGCAUUGAUUGUGUGACAUGUGAUGACGGCUGGACAACCCUCACAGCCGAUGGGAGCCCUGCUGCGCAAUUUGAGCACACACUGUUGAUUACAAGAACAGGAGCAGAAAUUCUGACCAAGUGCUGA